AUGCCGGUAUUCACAGAACAUGCGGCGUCCUCGCGCGACCUGCGCGUUCUUCCUUCAUUCGCCCCACCAUUGCCGCGGUUGACCUCAACAACACCACAAGCCGGAAAAUAUGAAGUGGUUAUCGUUGGAGCUGGUCCUGCUGGGCUGAUGAUGGAGCUGCUGUUAGCAAGAUAUGGGUUAAAUGAUGAUUCGUUACUAUGCAUUGACGCGAAGUCAACCACCCUGAAAUCGGGCCAGGCAGAUGGAUUGCAGCCUCGUACUUUGGAAACAUUGAAAUCACUGGGCUUAGCAGACGAGAUUCUCACUGGAGGAUGUCAAAUGUGGCAGGUCGCAUUCUGGAACCCAUCCGAAGACAAGGAAAAGAUUAUCGAGCGUACAUCGAUCAUACCAGAUGUUGCUGCUCCGUCAAGAUACCCACACGAAGUGACAAUUCAUCAGGGUCGAAUUGAGCGAAUCCUGGAAACGGACUUGCUCCGGUAUUCCAAGCGGGGUGUACAACGUAACACCAAGCUUCUUAACGUCAGAAUCGACGAGGAAGACGCGGAAUAUCCUGUUGUCGCUGAAAUCGAGACAAAUGGACAGACAAGGACUGUGCGAUCGAAGUUCUUGGUAGGUGCUGACGGAGCUCACUCGGUCGUCCGACGCAGCAUGGGACUGAAGCUCGAAGGCGAAUCAAGCGAUCAUAUCUGGGGUGUUGUCGACCUGGUGGUUGAUACUGAUUUCCCUGAUAUCCGACGCAGAUGCGCCAUCCACUCCCCCGCUGGAUCAGUGAUGGUCAUCCCUCGGGAGCGAAUUGCUACUGGGGAUUAUUUAACCCGGUUGUACGUUCAGGUCCCCGGUGAUGUGAUUCCUAGCGACGACCAGAAGCCGGAUAAUGGUACAGGAACACCUCCAGUGGCCGAUGCGCGAGCACGUCGAAGUCAAGUCACCGAGAAGACGAUUUUUGAUAACGCCGCCGCGGCGUUUGCGCCCUACUAUAUUCGGCCCAAGUCGGAUGGAGCUGUGGAUUGGUGGGCAGCCUACCAGAUCGGUCAACGCGUCACGGAUAAUUUCUCUGUGAAGGACUCUCGUGGAAUCAAUCGCGUGUUCAUUGUUGGGGAUGCCUGCCAUACUCAUAGCCCCAAGGCCGGUCAAGGAAUGAAUGUCUCCAUGAUGGACUCUUACAACCUAGCCUGGAAGCUUGCCUAUUUCAUCGAUGGCCUCACACCGAAUAGCUCCAACAGUGAUAUUCUCGACACCUACCACAAAGAGCGGCAUACGAUAGCCCAGCAGCUCAUUGAGUUCGACAAGGCGUUUUCUUCAAUGUUUUCGGGCAAGAUUGGUGCCACCGAAGGUGGUGUCGGUUCCCUCACUCACGAAGAGUUUCAAGAGGUUUUCAGCCGGGGCAAUGGAUUCACCAGUGGCUGCGGCGUUGAAUAUCCUGAGAACAUGACUGUCGAUCGUUCUGCUGAGGAGAAUCCGAUUUGCGGUACAGACUACCUUUCAGGUAUUCUACAUCCAGGAAGGCGACUUUUGAAUGUCCGUUUGAUCCGCCACGCUGAUGGCUACCGCCGCGAUCUACAAGAUGACUUUGCAUCGACUGGUCGAUUCCGCAUACUAUGCCUCACAUCCUCCGACUUGUUAGACCCCACGGGCAUCUCGGCCCAGGCACUCAACGCUUUAUCCUACACUAUCGCUAGAUUUCCGCGCUCGCUUUUGGAACAGGUCGUCGUGCACCCGCGUUUGUCUCUGGAAUUCAUGUGGAGCGAUAUUCCCAGGGCAGUGAAGGAACACUCUGAGAUGUCGUUCUAUAGUGGAUAUGAGCUGGAUGAUGUGUACGGGACCUAUGGCGUUGAUCCUGAAAAGGGAGCACUGGCUAUCGUUCGACCAGAUGGUUAUAUUGGUGUUGUCGCCUCAUUGUCCCACGUCAGCCGUGCUGACCGUUAUCUGGAGACGUUGAUCCGAACAAUUUAG